AUGCAUACGAUACCUCUCGACGGCAAGAGUCAGAGAGCUAGUGUUAGGAUAAGCUGCAGCAGCAUCGUUGCCGCUGCUGGAAGUUGCCGACCUUCCGGCGCGGACGAAGGAGAGUCGGGCGAAGAAGGCGACGAGGAAGAAGAGAGUUCGCCGCAGGUAUCCGAAGAGGAGGCCGAACCAAGCACGGCGAAAACCCCGCCCUCGAAAGGAAAGGGGGCCAAGUCCACCCCCGCCCCGAAGGCGAAAGCAACUACCACUGCCAACACAGCAGCGGCGUCGGUCUCCAAGUCUAAGAAGUCCAAGCCCAAGCCCGGUACCAAGAAACCCCCAGGCCCCGGCGCUAAGAAACGCCAACGCUCUUCCGUCGGGAAGGCCGACAGCGGCGGCUGUGGCAGUCUCGGCGGCGGAGGCGGAGGCGUCUCCGCUACGCCUGCGUGGAUGCGGCAGCGGUGGGUGCAGGUCGGCAAGACCGACGCCGAGGCUAACGUUCCGGUGACGCCUAGCCCGGUGACGGACGCCGACUUCGACGAGAUGGUUCGGUCCUGCGUGAGGAACGACGCCAUGGAGAAGGUCAAGACGAAGAGAGCGGCUCUUGCGAAACGCCUCCAGGCCAUCACCGGGGGGAAGGAGAGGCAGGACGUGCUCGGACAAGCGCUGAGAGAAAAGAACAGGCACUGGGACUUCCUGCUGAAGGAGAUGAUGUGGAUGGCCGAUGACUUCCAGCAAGAGCGAAAGCGACACAUGAGCGCACGCAAGAAGCAGGCUAGGUCAGUGCUGCUGCACUUCCGCGGCCACGAGGCUCGCAAGGCAAAGAAGGCUAAGGAGGAGCAGCUGGCCCUUAGGAGGGGAGCGUCCAAGGUUGCUAGGGAUGUUCGGGCGUUCUGGGGGAAGCUGAACAAGGUCAUCGCGUACAAGCAGCGCCUGGAGGCGGACGAGUGCAGGCGGAAGGCCAUGGACAAGCACCUCGUUUUCCUCGUCAAGCAGACGGAACGUUACAGCCCACUCGACGGUCCGUCGGGGGAUGUCAGCAGUGACCCCAUGGAUUCAGACGAAGACGCCUUCAGCGACGACUCCGGGGCGUACAUGGAGGAUAUAAUGAUGCUGAGAGCCGACCAAAAAGAGUCGGAGGUGUCGCAAGGCCUUGGGGGAGGCGGGGCCGGCAGCGGCGGAGGCGGGGGCGGCGCUAGCAGCAUGGAAGAGGUGGAAGAGGAAGAAGAGGACGGGGAGCAGGAGGAGGAGUUCAGUGAGCCGGGAGAGGAUACCCUCGUGGACGACGAAACGACCCUGGCCGAGGAGGAGCGACGAGCUGCCCUGGACGCCAGACAAGGCCGUAGCGAUGACGGAAAGGACAGCGACAGGGGCGAUGUCUCCGGGGGGGGAGGGGUGGCGGGCGCGGCCCUGGCGGAGCUCCGAGCCCUCCAGGAGGACGUUGAACUCCCGGUGGCGGCAGUCGUCGACAAGCUGUACCCGGCGACGCAGCUGGCACCGCCGCCGCCGCCGACGAGCAGCGACGGAGCCCCCACCGCCGGGGCCCAAGCUCCCGGUGCCGGGGCGGCGUCGGCGGACGGCCUGGAAGGGUGGAUCGAGCGGGCGGCGCGGGACGAUGGUGUCGGUGUUGGCGGUGGUGCGGGUAGCGAGGCGUGGGAAGAGGAGGGGGAGUUCGUGCCGAUGGGGGAGGACGUGGACGACGAAACCACGCUUGACGCCGAGGACGCGCUAGCGAGAGGGGCCGGAGAAGCCGUCUCCGGUGGCAGCAGCGGUGCCGGGCCCUCGUCCGCUGCUGCCGCAGAAGCGGCGGAACUGGCUCGCCUCAAGGCCGAAGCGGAGCUGCCGAUCGAGGAACUGAUGCGAUUGUACGCCGCGCAGGAUGGAGGAGGAAGAGGAGAUACUGACUUUGACGACGACGACGUGUUUAGCGGCGGUGAUGUGUCAUCCAUGGAAGAAGAAGUGGAGGAGGAGGCGGGGGCGACCGCCGCCGCCGCCGCCGCCGCCGCCGCUCAAGCGGCAGAGGAAGGCGGCGUUUCGGCCGGUGGCGGGGGUAGCACCAGCGGCGGGGGCAGCGGGGCGUCACCACCACGAAGACGGCGACAACGAGCCUCCACCGCGUUGUCAGCAACAGCUUCUGUGGUGGAUAGUGCGACUCCCGGAAUAGGUAGUAGCGGCAGCGGUAGUGGUGGUCGGGGGGGGGGCGUGGAGGAGGAGAAGGGGGGCGAGAGGGGAGAUGGGACAGAGGAGGGGAAUGAUGAGAAGGAGGACGCCGAGUUUGAGUUCCGAGAAGAAGCGGACGACGAAACCACCUUAGACGCAGAGGCCGCCCUUGCCGGCGACGGCGACGACGUGGCAGACGAGCUGGCGGCCCUUCGGGCGGAGGCUGACCUCCCCAUCGAGGAGCUCAGGCGUCUGGCCGCGGCCGGGCACGACGGCGAGGAAGACGAGCCGUUUUCGUCUGACGGUUUCGAUUCCGAACUCGACCUAGAGGGUGAAGAUGACGACGCGUACAGAAGAGGGGGGGGGAUCGAGGUUUCCAGGCUGCUGGAUGAGGCGGCGGUGGGGGCGGGGACGGACGAGGACGAGGACGGCGACGGGGAGUACGAGGAGGAGGAGGACGGAGGGGGAGAUGAUGUCGACGACGAAACCACCCUGCUGGAGGAGGAGGAGCGCGCGGCGAGAGAGGGUGGCGGCGGUGAUGGCGGUGCUCCCGGUGGAGGCGGGCGGGAGGGGGAGUUGAGCGCGCUAGAGGCGGAUCAGCUGAUCCCCGUGGAAGAGCUGCUCAAGGCUUACAACGUUGUGGCCGAGGAUAGCUCCGCCCAACGCCGCCGCCCCCGUCGGGUCCGUUUCAAGCCCGGGGGGGGGGGCGGCAGCGAGGCCGGCAGCGGCAGUGGGGCUGGGAACAGCAGCGGCAGCGGUAGCGGAGGCGGGGAAGGGGAAGGGGAAGGGGAAGGGGAGGCGGGGAUUGAAGGGGGUUCCGACGAAGAGAAGGAUGAUGACGACAGGGAGAAGGAGGGUGCUGGAGACUCGGACAUGGAGGUUCAGAGCGAUGAUGAUGAUGAGGAGGAGGUGGAGGAGGAGGAGGGGAGAGGGGACGCAUCGCCUGACGAUGCCGACGACGCGCUGCGGCGGCUGGAGGAGGCCGACGAAGCCGCCAGGGCCGUCCGCGUCCCCCGCCCGUUCCUGCUGGCGAAGUCCCUCCGCCUGAGAGAGUACCAGCACGCCGGGCUGUCGUGGCUCGUGUCCCUCCACGAGAGAAGGCUGAACGGAAUCCUCGCGGACGAGAUGGGGCUCGGGAAGACGGUGCAGACCAUCUCUCUCCUGGCGUACCUGGCCUGCCACAAGGGCGUGUGGGGACCGCACCUGAUCGUGGUGCCGACGUCUUGUAUCGUCAACUGGGAGACGGAGCUGAAGCGAUUCCUUCCGGGCUUCAAGGUGCUGACGUACUACGGCAACGCGAAGCAGCGCAAGGAGCUCCGGACGGGGUGGACCAAGCUCAACGCGUUCCACGUUUGCAUCACCUCCUACCAGCUAGCCGUGCAGGACGCCUCGAGCUUCAAGAGGAAAAAGUGGUACCACCUCAUCCUCGACGAGGCACAGAACAUCAAGAACUUCAAGAGCCAGCGCUGGCAGACGCUGCUGACGUUCAACUCUCAGCGGAGGCUUCUCCUCACGGGGACCCCGCUGCAGAACAGCCUCAUGGAGCUUUGGUCGCUCAUGCACUUCCUCAUGCCGCACGUCUUUCGAAGCCGGAAAGAGUUCAGCUACUGGUUCUCCCAGCCGCUGUCGCACAUGGUGGAAGGGUCGAGGGAGCGCAACGACGACCUGAUCCGGAGGCUGCACUCGGUCGUCAGACCGUUCCUGCUCCGGCGGUUAAAGAAGGACGUCGAGAAGCAGCUGCCGGGCAAGCACGAGCACGUGGUGAUGUGUCGGCUAAGCCGUAGGCAGGCGUCGCUGUACGAGGAGUUCAUGGCGAGGUCUUCCACCCGCGCCGCCCUCCAGGGGGGAAACUUCAUGGGGAUGAUGAAUAUCCUCAUGCAGCUCAGAAAGGUGUGCAACCACCCCGAUCUCUUCGAGGCGCGGCAGAUCGACAGCCCCUUCGUCCUGCCGCCGCUGGACCUGGGCGUCGGCACCCGAGUCUUGCGAAGCCGCUCGUCAUCGUCGUCGUCGUGGAUGCCCCCUUGCGGGUUUCCCACGAGGUUCGGAGGCGUUCUGUUCGAGGGCACGGCAACGGCGGCAACGGCGGCGGCGGCGGCAACCGGGGAUGGUGCGGCGACGGCGGACGGGAAGUUGGGUUCGGGGGAGGACGGGAGCGGGGAGAAGGCCGGGGCGGGGGUGGGAUCGAGGAGGAGCCCGGACGGGGGUGUUUCUAGGAGUCUCAUCGCCCCGCUAUGGGCGCACGAUCUGCGAGACGGCCUGCCGGGGCUAGACGUGCUGUCGACGGAGCUGCUGUCGAGGAGAGCCACCCCGGCCGAGGACGUGCUGAAGAUGCCCAGCAAGCUUCCUCUUUGCAUUCCAGACCCGACGCAGGUGGACAAGAGCUUGAAUCUCAUGCCCCAGGUGCUCUACAGGCUCACGAGAUUGCGCAAGACCCUGAGGGGACAAGCGAGAGAGCGGCGGAGACUGAUGGCGGCGAUAAGCCUCAACCGCUGCGGGCUCUUGCCGGGAGGAGGCGGGGGUGGGGCGGGGAUGGAAGAGGCCCAUCCCCUGAACUGGCGGCUCGUGAGAACAGCCAGGCUCCUCUACGGACACCCGACUCUCGAGGCGGCGCAGGCGGCGAGGGAAGGGGAUGCGCGCGUGCGGUUCUGGUGCCCGCUGGCCAUGAUGGGUUCGGUCAAGGGGCUGCGGGAGCGGUGCGAAGAGAUGCACACGUUGGUGGAGAGGUUUUGUUUCCUGGUGCCGAAGGUCAUGGCAUGGGCGCCCAACGUGGUUGGGACGCCGGACUUGGCGUCCAGUUUGGCGUUCGCGACGGGGAGGGAGCGGCUGAGAAGAGAGGUAGUGCGGAGAGGCGGCCUGUCCCUCAUCUAUCCGGCACAGAUCCGCCAGCGUAUCUGCUUCCCGGAUAGGCGGCUUGUCCAGUACGAUGCCGGAAAGCUGCAGGUUCUGGCGGGACUCCUGAGGAGCAGAAAGCAGGGGGGUCACAAGUGCCUCAUCUUCACUCAGAUGUCGAGGAUGCUGGACGUCUUGGAGGAGUUCCUCACCCUGCACGGGCACACCUACGUCAGACUGGACGGCAGCACCGGGGUCGAGAAGCGGCAGCGGCUCAUGGACAGGUUUAACCUGGACCCGAAGUUGUUCUGCUUCAUCCUCUCGACGCGGUCGGGCGGCCUCGGCAUUAACCUGACGGGGGCGGACACGGUCAUAUUCUACGACUCGGACUGGAACCCGGCCAUGGAUGCACAGGCUCAGGACCGGGCCCACCGCAUCGGUCAGACGAGAGAGGUACACAUCUACCGCCUCGUCACGUCGAGCUCCAUCGAGGAGAACAUCCUCAAGAAGGCGCAGCAGAAGCGACACCUCGACUUCCUGGUUAUGACGGCGGGCAAUUUCAGCGGCGGCGGAGAGGGCCAGGAGAACCCGAUGGACUAUAUGAGCGCCGGCGGCCUCAAGGAUAUCCUCGGGGGAAACACGCUCGACGCCGACGCGGCCGCUGCAGGUGCCGGUGCCGGUAGCAGCGGCGGCAAUGGCGGGGAAGGGACGGCAGGCGGAGCAGGAGGCGGCGGGGGUAAGGCUGGAGGUGGUUCAGAGGGGGGCGGCGGGAAGGACGGUGGUAAGCAAGACGACGUGGAGGCAGGCAGGGCGUUGGAGAAGGAGGCCGCUGACGAGCAGCUCGAGUUCGACGAGAACGGUGCUUCGAGCAAGGACGAGGAGAAGGAGGACGACAACGACGGCGACAACGAUGACGCCACGGCUGCGGCGGCGGCGGCCGACGGCGGUAGCGGCAAGGGAACGGCCAACGGCGGCGACGGGGGGUUCGGGGACGACAAGGAGAAGACGGACAAGGAGCUGGAGGAGGAGUUCGCCGCAUGGCAGAACAAGGUAGGGCCCGACGUGUCGGCGCUGGAGUCUUCCCUGGCCCCCAUCGAGCGCUACGCUCUGCGCGUACGAACGGACGUGGACCCCUACUACAGCCUCUACUUCCGGACGGAGGCGCAGCGGCGGGAGGAGAUCGAGGCCGCUGGGGGAGACCUUGACGUGGACGCUAUCGAAGCGGAGAAGGAAAUGGAGGAGCGGCGGCAGAUGGAGUCCGGAGAGCUCCUGGCUUGCCACGUGCGGAUCAAGGACUCGAAGCGGCAGCGCGACAUGUUCUCCCGGGAGCGUGCGAGGGCCGUUUCCGAGAGAAAAAAACGCCUCCUGACCGGCGACGCCUGGGAGUUGCGACCAGACGCCGUGUCGAAGAUGCCCUUCUGGUACAACAGAGAUACAGGGGACCGGACGAGCUUUUCUCGCAGCAUAGCCUUGUCCAGGCUACAGAGGGUGAUGCGGUAUCUGAAGGCGACACCGGACAGGAUGUGUGCAGCGGAGGUGUGCCAACCAUGGUUGGAAGGGGCUCGUCACAAAACCUUCAAGCUGAGGGUGCUCCCGGUAGAAGCAGGCGUUCGGGACGCUGCCGCCCUGGCGCAGAAGCUCGCCGCCGCCGCCGCGGCCGUGCAAGCCCAAAAUCAAACCGCUACCUCCGCCGCCGCUGCCACCACUACUACCGCGGACGGCUCCGCAGCAGCAACCUCGUCAGACGACCUGUCGUCGGACAGGGCUGUCCGCAUCCUCGGCGAGGCCACCGACCCCUCCAGAGUCCUCGUCGAGAUGACCGGCUCUGUGCGCUGGACGGCUCCCAAGGGGCUCGUCGUCGGGGUUUCCCUCAGGCGCCCGAGGCCGUGCCCUGACAAGGGGCCCCUUAUCAAGGUCGAUAGUGGCGGCAAUCUACAGCUCUCCGCCUGCCACGUGAACAACAAGCAAGCGGGGGAGGCCUCCCCCGGCCUGGAAGUCACCGACGCCAACUCCAUCCUCUUCCUGGAGCGGUGCCGGGUGCAGGACGCCCGGGGCGACGGCGUCAGCUGCGGGCCCGGCGGCUCGGUCGCUGUGGUCGGCUGCGAGAUCUCCGGCAGCGGGGGCGCCGGGGUGCUGGUCAGGGGCGGCGGCCGCGCCGUCCUGAACGACUCGUACGUGUACUGGAACGGCGGGGCCGGGGUCCGGGUCGAGCCCAGGGCCGUCAUGUCGCUGGAGCACAACGACUGCUCGCUCAACAAGGGCGGGCCGAUGCACUCGGAAGGCAUGAUUAGGGUUUCCCGACGGAACUGUUGCGUGAUGUCCAAGAGGGACACAGCCCCGCUCCCGGAAGGAUUCCGUGCCCAGGACCAUGCCGCGAGACACGCACCCUACUACGAGGGGCGCGGGGACGAUAGCCUCGACGAUGCGGCCUCGUCUUCCUCCUCUGACCACGAAGACGUCGAUGCUGGCGUGAAUGGGGACGGCGGCGGAGGCGGUGUCAAGAGGAAGCGGGACGGGGAGAACGGCGGCGGCGAGGGCCGCGGCGGCGAUGCUGCCGCCACUGGCGGCGCGGCGACUAUCCCCAAACUCGGCGAUCGGUCUUUGGCGGCUACGGCGACGACCGUGGCAAACGGGGGGAGCACUGCCGGCGUUGGCGGCGCUCCCGUUGCCCCAGCAGCAGCACCGCCAGCAGCAGCAACAGCGACAGGAAGGCCAGCAGGCGUGGCAGCAAGAGGAGGAGUAGCAGCCGCCGCCGCCGCUGUCGCCGCCGCUCCGGCUAGCGCGGAGCAACGGCUCUCUCACCCCCUUCGCCACGGCCAAGCCCAACCGCUGGUUCACGGGCAGUCGGCGACGACGGUGGCGGCGGCGGCGGCGCUCGGGAGAAGCGUCGCUGCCUACGCGGCACGGAACACCUACCAGCAAGCUUGGAUGCCGUCUCCGGCGACCACCGCGCAGCCUGCACGGGUGUCUUCAACGGGUACCCCGACCCCGACGGCUGGGCCUCCGGCGCCGUCGACCUCUGGGUGGGCAGACAUCAGCAGCAGGGGUCUGGCGGGCGGGGGUAGCAGCAGUGGCCAGUCGUCAAGGUCGAACGGAGCAAGGAGCGCCGGUCCUUCUUCGUCUGCGUCUGGCGUCGGUUCUUCCUCCUCAGCCGGUGCCGCCGGUGCCGGUGCUAGCGGAGGUGGACGCUCCUUGGGACGGGGAAGCGGCGGCGCAGAAGGCGCGGCGGCGGCGGCGACGACGACAAUGCCGGCGGCGGUGGGGAUUUCCGGUCGGAGGACGGGGCCCGCUUCUUCGGGAGCGGCCACGGUUCGCGCGGCAGCGGCCGCCGCCGCCGCGCAGGCGCGGGCGCCGGGGGGCUACACGUCGACCGCGGAGUACCUCGGCCUUCGCGCCCUCCUGGCGCCGGCGCCGGCCUCUGGCUCCGUCCAGCCCCAAGCCCGACCGUCGCCGGCGCUCGUUAGCCCCACCACCG